AUGGUCUUCGACAUCAUCACCGCGACCGCCCUCUGCCCAGCCAUCAUCGCCACGAAACAAGCUAUCGACGGCGGCUCAAAGGGCAAUCAGAGAGCAGGGAACAAGAGUAUCAACCAGGAGCUUUAUGUGAGGUUCCCGGGGGGACAUCCGUAUAGGCGCAAAUUCGAAGGUGCGAGAGUGGUCUUGAUGAACGGCAAGCUAUAUGUCGAACACGCCGACUCACAUUUCGCACACAACUCAAUACACCCCGCCUGUGGCCGAUUUCAAUCCUCCCCCGAGUACUCUGCCGCCUGGGCCAAAGUCGGGCACAAAGGCGACUGCCUCACCACUACUACUCCCUCAUCUACCCCGUCUUCCUCCCCCUCCCUCAUAUACGUCGACCUCACCACCCACGAGCUCAAAUACGGUCCGCCCGAAGAAGCCGAAGACCACUACCCCGGCCCUUGGAGCUGUACCGAGAUCGAGCAUCGUGUCUUGUUUGAAGGCUGGGAAGGAUGGGUCGUGGUACAAGAAGAUGCGGAAAAAGAUCUGUGGGCGUUGUAUUUCGAUAGGAGCGAUGAUGGGCUGACGGGAGAGGGGAAAGUGGGGGAUUUUGAGACGACGGGCGUGCAGAUGCGGAUGUUGUAUGUACGGCUGGCGCGUAGGGAAGAGCCCAGAACUAUUGGGAAGCAUGAGCAGGAGAAGGCGGAGGGGAAGAAGAAGAAGGAAGAGCUGGAGCUGGAUGAUGAUAAGAGCUUGUUGUAG